AACCAUAGAUAUCAUGUUUGUGUACUUGUAUUUGGUGUUGUAUAUUGAAUUAAAAACUAUAUUUCUUUAGGAAUCGGGAAUCCAAGUUUUCUUGAAAUAAAACUGCAACUUUCAUCAAUCGUCUUUGAAUUUGAGUACGGAAUAAUCGGAAAAUACCAAUGAUCAAUUAAUUUAUACUCGUAAAGUGUUCUCUGGAAAUUAUAGAAAUGGAGUUGGGAGAUCGAGUUUAUGCCGCCGAAAAAAUUAUGAAAAAAAGAGUCCGAAAGGGUGUCACUGAGUAUUAUGUUAAAUGGAAAGGAUGGAGCCAACGACACAAUACCUGGGAGCCAGAAGUGAACAUUCUUGAUCUUCGUUUGAUAGAUUUAUAUGAAAGGGGUUUAAGAAAUGAUCCUCAUAAACGAGGUCCGAAGAAGAAAGAGAAAAAUAUAGAAAAAUUAAAGAAGGUAGAAACAGAAGAUGAGGACCGCGCAAGUGGCGAAGAAAGUCAAGACGAGGGUUCUUCCUUGCCUCCAAUUUCAAUAGCAUCAAAACCUGAAGAUGAAGAAAUUCCUCAAAGUUCCGAAGAUAGUCCUAAAGAAGAUGAUCUUGAAGUUAAUGAAAAUAGUUCUAGCAGUGAAGAUCGACCUAUUUUGGAAAGGUUAGAAAUUGCAGGAACCAAAAGGAAAGCCGAAGUUUUAUCAAAAGAGAGUGGAAAGAUAGGGGUUACUAUUACAACUAGUAGCCCUACAAGUCCCUUACCUCCACCAUCCAAAACUCCGAAAUUAACAAUAGAGAAAUCAGUCAGUAUUCCAAUUCGAACGUCCAAUCAGAGACAAUCUAAAUCUGAAGAAGAAUCAUCAGCAUCCUCAAUACCACCAAGUACAAGUCCCGCAGUGCUUCCAGCUACUGCUCCUCGUUCGAGUACUGAUAAAAGGCCAAGCCCUGUUGAUCCGGCUUUGCCCCAUUCGGCCCAAAAAGAGCCAGCUUCUCCAAAACCAGUUGCGUCUAGAACCGACGACAAAACCUCAGAUGAUAAAAAAGAGGAGGGUGCGGAGAAAAUAGAAACCAACAAACAGAAAUUAAACGGCCAUAAUAAUAAUAAUAACGUCUCGAUGCCAGAUUCUCAACUCUUAACGAUUCCAGACUCAGGUUAUUGGUUGUCGAGAAAUCCAGUUGCCGAUCAAGUAUUCAUUACAGAUGUAACGGUAAAUCUUAAAACUGUUACCAUAAGAGAAUGCAAAACGGAAAAAGGUUUCUUCAAGGAAAGGGACGAUCAUUCUAGCGAUAUAGUCUGAUUUCUCAAAAAAUUAGGAUAGAUGUUUUAAUUUAAUUUGAAUAUUUUGGGCUGGGAGCUCUUAGUAUUGUUUGAUUUUCUUAAUUUCGGUCCUUUUCACUUGUACAGUAAUUUCUCGCACUUUUUCAUCGGUGAAAUACUGGGAGCUCCCUUUACAAGUAUUCCACAGGGUAGCUCAUUUUGAGCAGUUUUAUGUGUUAAGAUCUGACAGUUUGAAGUUAUGUAUGAAUUGGUGCUAAUUUAGAUGAAUUCUUGAAAAUGUAAUAAUAUAGCAAUCUCUGGAUCGGUUUAUAAGAAGCUUCUUGUAGAACCAUAUGCUGUUUGUGAAAUUUUCAACUUUUUCCAGCUCCUUUACGAAGUAGUGAACAAUACAAAAUGUGUGUUACCCAUCUGUGUAGGUCAGAUUUGAAAAUCUAUAUUUUUACAUCCAAGAAGCUUGAAAAAAUGUUAUAAAAAAAAAAAUUGUAGCAAUAAGAAUUUAUAAAAUCCUGUAAUUUUACGCAAGACGUAACAUAUUUCGUAAUUUUUAUUUAUUAUUUCCAAAUUAUUUACUGAGCGAUUUCAUUCCAAUAGUAUUGUUGUAAAUAAUUAAGUUAUUCGACACUAUAAUUCUAUUUAUUUUAAUUGAUCUUAAGUUAUUCGUAAGUUUUAUUUAGUGAUUGGAAUUUUUUAUUCUUUAAUUUUGUCCAUGAAACGAUUGGAAAUUUCAAGGAUAUAGUCAGUUUUUAUUGUGAUGGAUUGUUUUUUGAUGUUGGCAGUUAAGUCGAAUGAUACGAAAAGUUUUAAAAAUGUUUUAUCAGUGAUUUUCAAUUUUGAUAAGUACUAACAGUUUUCAUGUUUCAAUGUAAAUAAUUGUAAUAUAUUAGGCUGUAAGUUUUGUUUCAGCUAGUAUAAGUUAUUUUUGAAAUAAAAUUUUAAAAUUCCA